UUUUCUGUUUUCUGGACUUUUAGCUGGAUUUGGAUGAGAAAUAAACGAUAUCAAUGGGAGGCCCUUUGUUGAGCAAGAGUGAGCAUAUCACAAUCAUCGGCGAUUCUUCAUCAACUGAUGAGCAAGCACCACUUAAGGGUGUUCAAUCGUGUCAUCCAUGUACACAAGAACGUUUUUGGAACUCCAUCGAGUUUGCUAUGAGUUUGGUCCAGAUUGUUGCAGCAAUAGUAGUUUUGACUCGAGCAAAAGGUGAACAUCCAGAGACAACAUGGAUCAUUGGUUAUGCUUGUGGUUGUGUUGCCAUUCUACCUAUACUAUAUUGGCGUUAUUGGCACUACCAAAAUUUUAUCUCAGAGAUAAGAAUCAAGGCUGUGGUGGACAUUUUAAGUACAAUGGUUACAUAUUUCUUCCUGGGUUGGUAUGCGCUGUUCGUAUAUGUUUUUUUAAUUGGAAACUUAUCCUCAUCAUCUCUUGAUCAUACCACUCAACCCUUCGGGUUAUGUAUGGCUUUUCUUGCCUUCGUUUCCAUACGAUAUGUUCUUCCUAAUCUAAUAUGGGCAAUGAUACGUUUCUGUCUGCAUGGUGAUGGUGGUGAUACUGUAAAUUUACUAGAAGUUGCUAUGGUUUUUGAUUUUACAAAAGUUGUAUGA